AUGGACAUGGACGGUCGCGACCGCUCAAAAAGCAAGACAUUGCAACCUCCAACCUCCGAUUAUCUGGAUCUCAUCUCUAACUUGGCCUCUCCCAAAACUUUUCUCUUCCAUCCUCCGCGCUCCACCUCUCAUUCGCAUCCAACUCCUGCUGCGCAGAGUACCACCGUCGCGCCAUCAACCACCAUGGACAAGCAGCAACCCAGCUCCUUCCAGCAGCUGGAAAAGCUCGGAGAAGGCACCUAUGCCACUGUCUUCAAAGGACGCAACCGCCAAACAGGUGAGCUGGUUGCCCUGAAAGAGAUCCACCUCGAUUCCGAAGAGGGAACACCAUCCACCGCCAUCCGAGAAAUAUCGUUGAUGAAGGAGCUGAAGCACGAAAGCAUCGUCUCGCUCUAUGAUGUGAUUCACACGGAGAACAAACUCAUGCUCGUCUUUGAGUACAUGGACAAGGAUCUGAAGAAGUAUAUGGAUACCCGCGCCGACCGCGGCCAGUUGGACCAAGCCACAAUCAAAUCAUUCAUGCACCAGCUGCUCAAGGGCAUUGCGUUUUGCCACGAGAACCGCGUCCUCCACCGCGAUCUGAAGCCUCAAAAUCUCCUGAUCAAUAAAAAGGGACAACUCAAACUUGGAGAUUUUGGUCUCGCCCGUGCCUUUGGUAUCCCCGUCAACACUUUCUCCAAUGAAGUCGUGACCUUGUGGUACCGUGCCCCGGAUGUACUUCUGGGCAGCCGCACAUAUAACACGAGCAUCGACAUCUGGUCUGCUGGAUGUAUCAUGGCGGAACUCUACACCGGCCGUCCUCUAUUCCCCGGCACCACCAACGAAGACCAGCUUAUCAAGAUCUUCCGUCUCAUGGGCACCCCUUCGGAACGCUCAUGGCCCGGCAUCUCCCAGCUCCCGGAGUACAAGCCAAACUUCCACGUCUAUGCCACGCAGGACCUCAGUCUCAUUCUCCCCCAAAUCGACCCCCUAGGUCUGGAUCUUUUGAGCCGGAUGCUGCAGCUACGACCGGAGAUGCGGAUCAGUGCCCAAGACGCACUGGUACACCCCUGGUUCCGCGAUCUUCCGCAAUUGCAGGCCCAGUUGCAGCAACAGCAGCAGCAACAACAAAUGGCGGGGGCGUAUGGCGGCAUGGCUCCCCAACAGCAAGCAUACUGA